AUGACGCACAGCCUGGAGGGCUCCACCCUCUACUAUGGCUAUGACUCAUAUAUAGAAGAUGGUCUCAUCUGCCUCAAACACAAAGUCCGCAAUCUGGAGAAAAAGAAGCUGAAACUUGAGGAUUACAAGAAGAGGCUGAACUGGGGUGAGGACCUUAACAAGGAUCAGAUGGAGGCUGUAGAAAAGUACGAGGAGGUGCUGCAUAAUCUGGCCUUUGCACGGGAGCUCCACACAAGCCUGGAUGUCCUGACUCAGAGUUUGCUGAGAGCCCAGAAGAAGGCAAUGAGGAAGGAGCAGAUGGUGAGGGAGGAGACGGAGAGGAAGCGUCUGUGCACUGUGCUGCAGAUCCAGCACCUCCUCCAGUGCAUGCAGCAGGAGCACGUCAGGAGAGACCUGCUGGCUGGACACAACCAGGCGCCACACAUGGCUGCCCAACAGCUGCUUACCCUGAGUCAGCUUGCUGCCCCGCUUGGGGUCAAGAGGGAUAACAGACUAAGUUUAGAGGAGCAGAUGGAACAAGCAGCUCUGGCCUAUUUGGACCUGCUAGAUGGGAAAGACAAGCCAGUGGCUGGAUCCACAU